AAGAAAAAGUAAUCACACAUCAUCAUACUUCAAAAGCACAUAUAUCAGGAAACCCAUCCAUUUUCCAAACCACAGAAUCAAAAAUGGCAAAGCUAAGUUUGUUCACUCUGGUUUCACUGCUCUUUAUUGUUACUAACGUAUCUAUAUGGAGCCUAGAUGCUCAGAUCAUACCGCCGGCAAGAUACGAUGGGUUCUUGUACGGGAAUCGCCAUGGCCAUGGUCAUGCCGAUACUAUCUUGAUUGAAGCUUUCUUUGAUCCUGUUUGCAUUGAUAGCAGAGACUCUUGGCCUCCUCUUAAACAAGCUCUUCAAUACUAUGGCUCUCGCACUUCAUUGGUUCUUCAUCUUCUGCCUCUGCCAUAUCAUGACAAUGCAUAUGUUGCUUCACGUGCUUUGCAUAUUGCAAAUAAUCUGAAUUCUUCAUCCACCUUUCCAUUGUUAGAGCUCUUCUUUAAGCACCAGGAGAAGUUCUAUAAUGCUCAAACACAUAACUUAUCAAGAGUUGCUGUUGUAAAAGAAAUUGUGGAUUUUGCAAGUUCAGCAAUUGGAAAUUCCUAUUAUUCUGCAAUUCAAUCUGGCUUCAAUAAUAGAAAAACUGAUCUUCAAACAAGAGUUUCUUUUAAGUUUAGUGCUUCAAGAGGAGUGCACGGCACGCCUACUUUCUUUAUCAAUGGAUUUGUGGUGCCUGAUGCUGGAUCUCCCGUAGAUUACAAGGGCUGGAGAAAAUUAAUCGAUCCAUUGAUUAAUGCGAAGAGGAGCAGAGACGGAGAAACCAUGCAUUUAUUAUUAUGAAAUACAUAAGUUAGUUUGCUGGCAAGAUCUCUGUUUGUUUAUGUUUUUCAACUUAUGUUAUCAGAUGAAAAAAAAACAGCUACUGUUUAGUGUGCAAAAAAGCUGUUGGUAAUGCAAUAAAAAGGUGUUUAAUAUUGUUGUAAGUUUGGCAUUCCUACCAAUUCAGUGGAUUGUUGAAGACUUAAGCCCAGCAAUUUGGUCUGCUGCCAUGUGAUGGAAGGCUGUGCAAUCAAAGCUCUAAUCUGAUCUUAAGUACUCCAACAACGUGUCAUUUUAAACACAUUGAUUCAAUGUGUGUUAUGUCAUACAAUCAGCGACCUAAGUGUAUCAUAUUUGAUUUUAUAUAUUAAAUACGAUUAGUAAUUAUUUA